UUAGGUUGACAAUAUACAUCAUCAACCUCUACUACACUUGACCAUAUAUGAGUUAAAAAUUUCCUCUUCCACACCUCUCUGCUUUCUUGGCUAUUUUUAAUUUGUACACUUGAAAGGCUAGCUCAGCAAUGGAGACCAAACCAGGGGAUGGGUACGGUCUCACCAUACCGCUGGUGCUUGACACUAUUAAGGAUGAGAAGGAAGCAGAGGCCGCUGAGGGAGUACUGGUGGUGCAGUCAAUUGGCCAGCACAACUACACCACCACUAGUACUACUACUACAGCCACCAUCGCCACCUCCUUUUUCAAGACAUGUUUCAAUGGUCUCAACGCUUUGUCAGGUGUUGGGAUAUUGUCAAUUCCCUAUGCACUAUCGUCAGGAGGGUGGUUGAGCUUGAUACUGCUUUUUGGCACUGCCAUUGCAACCUUCUAUACAAGCUUGCUUCUUAAAAGAUGUAUGGAUGUUGAUCCAAAUAUCAAAAGUUAUCCUGAUAUUGGCGAGCUGGCAUUUGGGAAGACGGGGAGAUUAGUGGUAUCUAUUUUUAUAAACUUAGAACUGUACAUGGUGGCGACAAGUUUCCUGAUUCUAGAAGGAGAUAAUUUAUAUAAUUUAUUCCCGGUCAAAGGAUUUGAAAUUCUUGGGUCCAAAAUUGAUGGGAAACAAAUGUUUGUUAUUAUUGUUGGCCUUAUUAUACUGCCUACAGUUUUGUUAAAUGACAUGCGUAUUCUUUCUUAUAUCUCUGCCAGUGGAGUUUUAGCUUCUGUAAUCAUCCUUGGCUCGAUUUUGUGGGCUGGUGCAUAUGAUGGCAUUGGAUUUCACGAGACAGGAACGCUUCUAGAUUGGAAUGGACUUCCUACUGCUAUGAGUUUAUAUGCAUUCUGUUAUUGUGCCCAUCCAGUUUUCCCCAGCCUGUACACUUCUAUGAGCAACAAAAACGAAUUCUCUAAGGUGCUGCUCCUAUGCUUUAUUUUCAGUACUGUCAUUUAUGCAUCAAUGGCCAUUUUUGGGUACCUAAUGUUUGGUUCAAAGGUAGAAGCACAGAUAACCUUAAACCUUCCAACUGAAAAAAUUAGCUCGAAAGUGGCAAUUUACACUACCCUAGUCAAUCCCAUAGCUAAAUAUGCAUUAAUGGUAACACCAAUUGUGAAUGUCAUCGAGAAUUUGUUUCCAUACUACAACAGAAGACCAACAAGCCUCUUGAUCAGAAUCAUCUUGGUGAUCAGCACUGUCAUUGUAGCACUGGCCAUCCCCUUUUUUGGGUAUCUUAUGUCACUUGUCGGAGCGUUUCUAAGCAUAACUGCUUCCAUUUUACUUCCAUGCAUGUGUUACUUGAAGGUUUCGGGCACUUACCAGAGAUUUGGAUUGGAAAUGGCGAUCAUAGGGGGUAUACUGUUAGUAGGUAUCUUGAUUAUGAUCAUUGGUACUUACACAUCACUUACAGAAAUAAUUGGGCAUUUGUAAGACAAAUAAUUGGGCAUUUGUAAGCAUUUCAUGUCUCACUAUUUGGAUUGGAAAUGGUGAUCAUAGGGGGUAUAUUGUUAGUGGGUAUCUUGAUUAUGAUCAUUGGUACUUACACAUCACUUACAGAAAUAAUUGGGCAUUUGUAAACGUUUCAUGUCUCGCUCUUGACCACAGAAUUGCAGUUGUGUAAUCCAUUUGAAUGUUAGUACACAAGGGGUGCUUAGUGUAUUCCAUGACAAUAGCGUUUUUGUGACAAUCUACUAAUGUUUAAAGGAUGAGAUUUUGGAGA